UGAGCGCUAUAUCAGUGUGUGUGUUUGAACUCUUCUGGUUAGUUUGACUUUUCUGUGGUGAAGAAGAAACCGAGGAUAACAGAUAUGAUGGGGGUGUCUCUGCCUGCGCACGGGCAGGAGCGCCCUGGCCAGCAGGCUGAUUGUUAGCCAUGCUGCGACAGCAAGAACCCACGGUUAGCACCCUGCAUCUGGUGGCCAAUGAUAUGACCGAUAUCAUGGAGAACUUGGACACACGAGAACUUGACAUCGGCGAUGGGGAGUUUGAGGAGUUUGAUGGCCGGGAUCCCAAUAGUACAGAAAACCGCAUCCCCUUCUCAGCUGUGUAUAAAACAACAGGCUUUAAAGAGACCGGGGCACGCGUGUUUCUUACUGCGCUUCCCAUCACCGCCAAAAUCCUGGAGGUGGAACGCUUCACUUCUGCCCAGGAUCGCUUCAACCUCACGACCCAGAGAAGCGUCUCUAAGGCGCUUCCGGCUUUGUUUAAGAUCGAGAUGAGGCACGGAAACUUCACCUGGUUGGUAAAGAGGAAGGAGAAACAUUUUAUGGAGCUUCACAGGGAACUCCGUGCCUACAAGACCUUCCUCAGAAUUCCAUUGCCCACCCGCAGUCACACGGAGCGAAGGCACACCAUAAACCGGAACCUUGAACGGCACAUGCCAAGUCUACCCCGGAGUGGAGGCGAAGAACUGGCCAGGGAAGAGCAAGUCUCUAGUCGAAAAAGACAACUUGAAGACUACUUGAAUAAGCUGCUUAAAAUGCCAAUGUAUAGAAACUACCAUGCAACAAUGGAAUUUAUUGAUGUGAGUCAGCUGUCCUUCAUUCAUGAUUUGGGACCAAAAGGCUUGGAGGGUAUGGUUCUCAAAAGGUCAGGGGGUCACCGUAUUCCUGGACUGAACUGCUGUGGCCACAGCAAAAUGUGCUACCGCUGGUCCAAACGUUGGAUGGUGGUGAAGGACUCCUCCCUACUCCUCAUGAAGCCAGACACAGGUGCCAUCUCAUUCGUCCUGCUGAUGGAUAAGGCGUUCGGCAUUAAAAUGGACACUAAAGAGACUGAGACAAAGCACGGUGUCCGCAUAGACAGUCUGUCCAGGACUCUGGUGCUGAAGUUCACAAGUUACCGUCACGCCCGCUGGUGGGGACAGGCAAUUGAUGAAUUUGUGCGCAAGUAUGGCAGCAAUUUUCUUAAGGAUCACCGGUAUGGUUCCUUUGCCAAUGAACAGAAGAACAUCCCAUCUAAAUGGUAUGUGAAUGGGAAGCAGUACAUGGAGGAUGUGGCAAAUGCACUGGAAGAGGCAGAGGAGGAGAUCUUUAUCACUGACUGGUGGCUUAGCCCUGAGAUCUUCCUCAAGAGGCCUGUCGUCGAGGGCAACCGCUGGCGACUCGAUUGCAUUUUGAAACGGCUAGCGCAAAAAGGUGUGCGGAUAUUUGUGAUGUUGUACAAGGAGGUGGAACUGGCUCUCGGCAUAAACAGUGAAUACAGCAAACGAACACUACUACAGCUUCACCCCAAUAUCAAGGUAAUGAGGCACCCUGACCACGUAUCCUCUUCCGUGUACCUAUGGGCGCAUCAUGAGAAGAUUAUAGUCAUUGACCAAUCGGUGGCAUUCGUGGGAGGCAUUGACUUGGCGUACGGACGCUGGGAUGAUCGGGAGCAUCGGCUGACCGACAUAGGAAGUGUCACCAGGACUCUUCCUGUGUCUGCAGAGAAUGCUUCUGAAGCCUCUCCUGCUAUGGCUGCUCCAUCAAACGGGCCCAGCGGGGUGCACAUUAACGGCAAAAGUUUACCUGUCGACACAGUGGACCAGCCGAAACUAAAAGGACAGGGGAAGACCAAGAAGACCCGUUUCAGCAUCCGUAGACACCUGCAGAAACACGGGCUGGCACCUACAGACAGCGUGAGCAGUGCCGAGAGCUCAGAAGAAAAGGCUGAAGCUGCACAGGAUCUGCAAGCGGACGUUAUUGGCCUGAUGGGGAACACCCGGUUCUGGCACGGCAAAGAUUACUGCAACUUUGUGCAUAAGGACUGGAUCCAGUUGGAUAAACCUUUUGAUGAUUUUAUUGACAGGCACAUAACUCCCAGAAUGCCUUGGCAUGAUAUUGCCUCAGUGGUUCAUGGGAAAGCAGCCAGAGAUGUUGCACGCCAUUUUAUUCAGCGCUGGAAUUUCACAAAGAUCAUGAAGCCCAAAUACAGAUCCCUGUCGUACCCGUACCUCCUUCCUAAAUCUCACACUACUGCAAAUGAGAUCAAGUAUCAGGUCCCUGGCUGCACCCAGACUAAUGUCCAGGUGUUACGAUCCGCCUCAGACUGGUCAGCAGGUAUAAAAUACCACGAGGAGUCGAUUCAUACAGCCUAUGUCAAUGCAAUUGAAAACAGUAAACACUAUAUCUACAUAGAGAACCAGUUCUUCAUAAGCUGCGCCGACAACAAAGUCGUUCACAAUAAAAUUGGAGAUGCCAUCGCCAAGAGGAUCAUAAAAGCAUAUCGGGAGGGUAAAAAGUACCGUGUGUAUGUGGUGACACCACUGCUUCCUGGAUUUGAGGGGGAUAUCAACACUGGUGGGGGCAGUGCCAUACAGGCAGUCAUGCACUUCAAUUACAGGACCAUGAUAAGAGGAGACUUCUCCAUUAUCUCACAGCUGAAGAAAGAAAUGGGGGAUCAGUGGAUGAAUUACAUCUCAUUUGGGGGUCUGAGGACCCACGCUGAGCUGGAGGGAAAGCUAGUGACUGAACUGAUAUAUGUCCACAGCAAGAUGCUUAUUGCCGACGACAACACCGUCAUCAUUGGUUCUGCCAAUAUCAAUGACCGGAGCAUGCUUGGUAAAAGAGACAGUGAGGUGGCAGUCAUUUACGAGGAUAUCCACACUGUGAAGUCAGUCAUGGACGGUCAGGAGUAUCAGGCUGGACGCUUCGGAUUGAGUAUUCGGCUGGAGUGUUUCAGGAUGAUUCUAGGUGCCAACACUGACCCCAGCAUUGACGUGACGGACCCUAUCAGUGACCAGUUUUAUAAGGACGUGUGGAUGACCACAGCUGCACGGAAUGCAACCAUCUACCAGAAGGUUUUCCGCUGCUUGCCAUCCAGCGAUGUUCGGGCAAUUCUGGAGUUGGAUGGCUACCUCUCAAAGCCUGGUUUGGAGAAGGAAGACCCUGCCCGUGCUCAAGAGGAGCUGAAGAAGAUUCGGGGCUUCCUGGUCCAGUUCCCUCUCCAGUUCCUCUGCGAGCAGAACCUUCUGCCACCCAUCGGAUCAAAAGAAGCCAUGGUGCCUAUGGACGUAUGGACGUGAGAGAACCCGUCAACAUUACCAAGCUUAAAAUAAACUGCAAAUCUAGCAGAUGUACCAGGAAUGACUUCAUCUUUCUUAUAAAACGGACUCUUCUGAGACCGAAAAGGAGAUCUGGAGGAGAGUCAGCCAUUAGUUGUUUACGCGCCUAGAAUUAAGGACAUCAGACUGGUUUGUUUCGUCCCGGUUCGAAACUUGAUUGUUUUAUGUUUUCUGACACUAUGCAACUUAAACUAAUAUUAUUUUUUAGGAAAUAUCCUUACAAGUCCUAUACAAGAUGAUGAAAUGGACGUUUUUGGUGACCUUGGACCCCUGAUUGGAUGCUAACAUAUUGAUUCUUGUUCAUCGUCAUUAGUGAAUGGUUUUGUGCCCUGUAACACGCACUGAAUAUGUAUUAUUCUCUGCAUGUAAGUGCCAACUAUGUUUGUGUAACUUUUCUUAUUUCUCUAUAUAAAGUGUCCCUUAUGUACUGUAUUUCAAGGUAAUUUAUGGGUCUGUGAAUAGUGGACAUGAUCCAUUAAAUUGACAAGUUUUGGUGGCCUUCUUUGUUUACUGUGCACUUGAUGUUAGGUAUGAACUAAAAUUGACCAAAGCAUUUGUCCAUUAUGACCAAAUUGAGUUGGUUUUAUAAGAAUACAGACUAGUAUUCAGAUUUAUUCCAAUUAUUUGUCCAUAUAGUACAGUAUACUUUAAAAACAUGUUAUGCCUGAAGCUCUAAAGAAGUUUACUAAUCGUUCUAAAUGGACAUGUCGAUGUUAAUUCAUUCCAUUUAGAAGCACUGAAUCAACUACAAACAUUUGAUUUACGUCACUGUAAAGAUCACAGCGUGUGUGUUCGUAUUAAAAAUAUGCAGCAAGUAACCUCUAACAGUUGUUAGCCAAGCAUUUAAAUGUCUGCACUGUUGACUGUGUAUCUGCACUUUAAUUGUAGUUCAGGAGCUGAUUUCUAUUCUCUUUCUAACUUAUUUUCCUCUUGUCUUUUUACAAUUUUCCCCUUGAAUUGCAGUUUUGCACAAAAUAUUUAUCAUCAAAAACACAAAUUAUGUGUGUUGGAAUGUUAAUGAAAUAUGUGAAUUGGUGUUAUACAUAUAAUUAAACAAUGAUUUUCACACUA